UUUGCUGAUUGCAUCUCUCGGGUGGCUUCGCCUCGCGCAGAUCAAGAUUCCAAUUCGCGGUCCGCUGCAGUCAAAUCGGUCCCGAGCCAUUCCCAAGCGGUGCCAGAGCUUUAAUAGGAGCUGCGGAUUAUAUGCCGCAACCACUCUACGGUUCCAACCUGUAUUGACCGGCGUCAUCGUUCGCCGCGCCAGGCUUAUAACCACUGAUGCCUCUGCUUCUUGCUUUUACCAUCUCUCCGCUUUCCGGCCGGCAUUCCGGUCUGGCUGUGGCCAACUCUGUAUACCCGUUGGUAUUCGCAUUUGCACUCGCAUUGCCCCCCUCCGUGCCGACACCUGGGUAGCUAUCUCUCACUCAUGGAUCCUACCAGGAGCAGCUUGUCCAACCGAACCGGCUGCUGCUCUGAUGCUGUUCCGCCAUCCAAUGUAUGCUUCUACCCGAACUCGCCACACGCCCACGCCCACAUUUCUUCUCCAUUGUUAUUAGCAUUGCUAUCCUUAGCUGCGACCGUGAUAUCCACAUGGGACCAUGGUGUGAUUGGCCCAACACUCCAAACCUCUUGCACCUCUGCACACUUUUGUAUCCAGCUCUCCCUUCCCAACCCUUUCCUUCCUGUCCAUUCCGCAUCUUGCUCGGGGGGCCUUCAUUAUUUGCGGCUCAAGCCUUCAACCUUACCAGAGCUGUUUUCGUGCAUACACUACAGCCGGCUCCACACCUGCUAGCUAGCUAUC